AUGCAAAUACUUUGGACGUUUAACCGUGAUUAUACGUUUUCCAUUUGCGAAUUAAAUCUUCUACAAAUUGCCCGGUACAGUUUUUCGACCACUGAGCUUGUCGGCAAUCUCAACGUCUUAGAGCUACAUCUGAGGAGGAGGAUGCAAGCUACAAGACGUGAUUUUAGAGACCGUCAGGACGACCCGGCAUUUCAAGCGCAGUAUAUUGCGUUAUUAGUCUAUUUACCAAGCGACACCAGGUUGGAGAAGAGGUAG